ACACGGGGGGCCCCUUUGUCUGUGCCCGUGUGUGAGUGUGUGGUUGACGUGACCGGCCUUGCGCUGCAUCUAUCCGCCGCUGCGCGCUCUUCAAUUCAUCUUCGGGGCCUCCGUCUCGCGUCGCCUCCUGCUCCUGCUCCUCCUCCUGCUGCUGCUGCUCCUGCUGCUGCUGCCCCUUCUUCUGCAAUCCGGCGGGGAGUCCAAGGCGGCGUUGGGGGGGGGGGGGGGUUCUUCCCUCUGCGCUAUGUCGUCCAACUUCGCACAUCCUCACAUCAAGCGGGAGGAAGAGGAAACGCCGGGCCCUGGCCUGUGCUUUGACUGGGCGGUGAAAUGUGAAGAGUUUGAUGCUGAGAUGGACAUGAAGCAGGAAGAUGAACAAGAGCCGAGCUAUGAGGUGCUGAAAGUAAUCGUGAAGGACGACAUGGAAAAUGCCACUCGAGUCAGCGACUUUCAUGUUAACGGAGACGACGGUGAAGAGAUGUUGGACUGUCGUGAAAGCCAAGCCACUCCGACCCAGGUUUUCACCGAAAUGGAGGUGUGGGAAGCAGACAGUGUCUUCGAUGAUGAACUUGGACCAGGACACCUAUGUGAGGAGUGCAGAAAUGACUUUGAUAGACUUUCCAUCAUGAAGUUCCCUUUGAUAGAAAACACCGACGAGAGGCCGCAGUCAUGCAAGCAAUGUGGCAAGAGCCUCGUCGACGACGAUCCCCACUACAAGGAACAGUCUGGGACGCAAGCUGGAGAGGAGCCGUACGUGUACGAGGAGUUUAUGAAUGGCUCCGUGCAGGACAAUAGCUUGGAAGUGGAUCGGCCAGUGCAUCCUGACGAACAGCCCUACGUUUGCCACGAGUGCGGCAAGGGGUUUGCAUAUCCGUGCAGUUUGAAGGAGCACUUCCGAACACACACAGGCGAGUGGCCACACGUGUGCAAGGAGUGCGGCAAGGGGUUUUCCUACCCGUCCGCUUUGAAGCUGCACUCGAGAACGCACAACGGCGAGAGGCCACACCUCUGCGGGGAGUGCGGCAAGGGCUUCACGCGCCCAUUCAGCUUGAAAGAGCACAUCAGGACGCACACGGGCGAGAGGCCACACACGUGCAAGGAAUGUGGAAAGGGGUUCUUGAACCCCUCUGCCCUCGAGGCGCACUCCAGAACGCACAAAAACGAGUGGCCGUACGUCUGCAAGGAGUGCGGAAAGGGGUUUCUGUACCCCUCCGCUUUGAAGGAACACUCCAGAACGCACACCGGCGAAAAGCCCUACGCGUGCAAAGAAUGCGGGAAGAUGUUCACGCAUCUGUCUGGCUUGAAGGAACACUCCGUGGCGCACGGCAAAGAGUGGCCGCACAUGUGCGCCGAGUGCGGGAGGGGGUUCCUGUACCCCUCCGGCUUGAGGGAGCACUCGAAAACGCACAGCGCCGCGAAGCCGCAUUCGUGCGGGGAGUGCGGCAGGGGGUUCGCCCACGCCGUCGGCCUGGUCGCGCACUCGAGGACGCACGCCGGCGAGCGGCCGCACUCGUGCGAGGAGUGCGGCAAGGGGUUUUCGCGCGCGUCCGGCCUGAAGGAGCACUCCAAGACACACGCCGCCGAGAGGCCGCACGCGUGCGAGGAGUGCGGGAAGCGAUUCACGCGCGCGUCCGGCUUGAAGGAGCACUCCAAGACGCACACGGGCGACCGGCCGCACAUCUGCGCAGAGUGCGGCAAGGGCUUUCUGUAUCGCUCUAUUUUAAAGGCGCACUCCAGAACGCACACCGGCGAGAAGCCACACGUUUGCAAAGAGUGCGGCAAGGGCUUUGCGGACGUCUACGGUUUGAGGACGCACAUGAAGACACACACGGGUGAGAGGCCGCACGUGUGCAAGGAGUGUGGGAAAGGAUUUUUGUUCCCCUCUGCUUUAAUGGCUCACUCUAGAACACACUGGUAAGGUUUGCCGCGAUAUCAUGAUUCAAUCACCUCUUGAGAAUAAGAGGGGCUUUAUAGAUAAUGGAUCGCCGUGUAUAACAGUGUAGCAAAUGUAAGACAGAGUCUUACUGGCAUAGCUUGAAUUUUCUUCUUCUUGCUUGACAUCCAUUUCUUCAAACAUGCGUGCGUAGUGUCGGGUUCCCAUGGGUGUGUCUGGGUGGUCAGUCAAGCCGUCGCCAUGAGUAGAUGUAGCCGGGACCCGAGACAUUGAGGCGCUGGGUGACCUUCGAAGGUCCAGCUGAGCAGAACGUUUUUAUUGAUGUAACUUCCCCAUUAUAUUCGCACCAAGUUUAAAGUAACAAAACAAUACGUUUAAAUACUGAAGCUGUUUAGGCCUACUAUGUUACGCAACACAUCAACGUAUGGCACUCUCCCCACCAACACGCGGAGACAGGUCAGGAUUCCAGUUUGUUUAUUCCACCUCUGUCACACACAGCUCCCUCCUUCAUCCACAGCUCUCUCCACACAGAGCUUCCUCCUUCAUCCACAGCUCUUUCCACACAGCUCCUUUGCUCUCCUCCAGCAAACUCAAAUGCUUCGGCCAGGAUUCUUUUUAAUCUUCCACAUCACACCCAUUCCUCUGCUCUCCUUGUCCAACUCCAUUGGCUUCCCGUCUACUACGGCUGUUUAUUCAAAUUCUUCACCCUUAUUUACAAAUCGCUCCAUGUCUUCUGCCCCAUCUUAUCUCGCUUCUCUUAUAUCUUACUAUGUUCCAUCUAGGCCCCUGCGUUCACAGUCUCUAUUGUCCCUCACUAUGCCUCCUCCCUCCCUGUGCCCAGUCACGUCUCUGCUCCUUUUCCCUCCUGACUCCAUUCUAUUUGAAUAAACUCCCACUCCACAUCAAGCAGGGCAAUUUCACGAAAAAAAUUCGUUCCUCCCUGAAGACUAAUCUUUUUUCAAUAGCAUACCCCUCUUCCACUUCCUGUCCUCGUCCUUCGAACCUCUUAACCAUCUUCCCCUUCCUAACCUCGCCCCUCCCUUUCCCUAUCAUCACCCUCCCUUGCCAUCCCUUCCCAUCCCAAACACUCAAACCCCAUCCUUUACUAAGGUACCAUUUAUAAUUCUUGUAAAGCGUGUUGACAAGCGCUA